AUGAACACGCUAAGCCCAUCGGCAGCUGUAAUAACAGCCGCUGGACGUGACGCGACUCAGCUAAUCGAUCGUAUUCUGGAGAAUUUGCAGAGUUUAGUAGCAGCGAAUCGUCAGCGAAAAAUGAUGACCAUAAGUGCUGCGACAACACAGGGUUCUCAGUUGUCCCGCUCAUUUUCAAGACCUACUCUAACAGAAGAAUCCCUUCAUACUGCAAAACCAAAUCAGUCACUUGGAUACCCGACGCGAGAUGUUUCACAAAUGUCCAAUGCAAGCAUAAGUACCGCUACUUCACAAUACCUUAGUACGGCUAAUGAACAUACAUCCCGAAUUCCUACAGCGAACUCCACAUCAUUUCUGACCAAUGAUAGUGCCCACGGCCGUACACCUUCUGAAUUUCGAACAGCUCGUGAAAACUCGGCCUUCUCGGAUACUUCAGCUGGUUCGACGGGAUCAACCGCUGUUUCUCCUUCAAAUGAGCUACGGCACACAAAUUCAGAACUCCCAACAGCCAAAGCUCCGGGAAGCCGUGGUCGUUCACCAACUUUGCGAAUAACAACGAACAGUCGAUCUAUGACCCCGCGCGAGGCAUGGUCUCAGGUACCAGUCGGGACCUAUUCUGUUAUACGACCAACGGAUGAGACUCAGGCAGCGCUAACCACUGGCCUCUCACCCUUUUCACCUGGAACAACUGGGAUGUCUGGAAGAGAUACUCCAAGCACAACCACGGAUAGUCAACUGUCAUUGAUGAAUUUUAAUACAGCAAAAUCCAUCAGUUUGUUGCAAGCGCUAAGCGACGGCGCCAACAUGCAAACUGCAGCUACCCCUAAUGCAGAACAACAACGCACAACAGGAGAUGACAAUAUGCAAACUGCAAUUCCUCCAGAAGCUCAACUUCACAAAAGAAGCCGGUCCAACUCGUCAGACAUUCGAACGGCCAUUCUCGAGGAAACAAACCAUGGAAAAACUGGUUCUCCACAUUACUAUCGUCUCGUUUUAGGUGAUGAUGACGUGAAAACUGCAAUUCCUCCAGAAACUCACCUACGUACUAGAAGCCGAUCCACUUCGUCAGACAUUCGAACGGCCAUUCUUGAAGAAACAAAUUGUGGAAAAACCGGUUCACCUCAUUAUUAUCAUCUCGUUCUGGAUGAUGCCGACAUCAAAACUGCAGUAUCACAGCAAGUUGAACAAUCUGAGACCGUGCAAGACAAAGGCGCUGUUGAGACGAGUACCGCACCAGCUGAAGGAGAAAAAGCGGCGGGUGAGCAAGAUCAAGGGCUGAUGUAUCAAACACCGAUCGUGCAAAAGAAAGAUGCUGCUGAAACGAGUCCCGCACCAGCUGAAGGAGAAAAAGCGGUGGGUGAACAAGACCAAGGGCUGAUGUAUCAAACACCAAUCGUGCAAAAGAAAGAUGCUGCUGAAACGAGUCCCGCACCAGCUGAAGGAGAAAAAGCGGCGGGUGAGCAAGAUCAAGGGCUGAUGUAUCAAACACCGAUCGUGCAAAAGAAAGAUGCUGCUGAAACGAGUCCCGCACCAGCUGAAGGAGAAAAAGCGGCGGGUGAGCAAGAUCAAGGGCUGAUGUAUCAAACACCGAUCGUGCAAAAGAAAGAUGCUGCUGAAACGAGUCCCGCACCAGCUGAAGGAGAAAAAGCGGCGGGUGAGCAAGAUCAAGGGCUGAUGUAUCAAACACCGAUCGUGCAAAAGAAAGAUGCUGCUGAAACGAGUCCCGCACCAGCUGAAGGAGAAAAAGCGGCGGGUGAACAAGACCAAGGGCUGAUGUAUCAAACACCGAUCGUGCAAGACAAAGGUGCUGCUGGGACGAGUACUGCGGUGGCCAGCACUUUGCUGAAGAGGUCCGCACCAGCUGAAGGAGAAAAAGCGGUGGGUGAACAAGACCAAGGGCUGAUGUAUCAAACACCGAUCGUGCAAAAGAAAGAUGCUGCUGAAACGAGUCCCGCACCAGCUGAAGGAGAAAAAGCGGCGGGUGAGCAAGAUCAGGGGCUGAUGUAUCAAACACCGAUCGUGCAAAAGAAAGAUGCUGCUGAAACGAGUCCCGCACCAGCUGAAGGAGAAAAAGCGAUGGGUGAACAAGACCAAGGGCUGAUGUAUCAAACACCAAUCGUGCAAAAGAAAGAUGCUGCUGAAACGAGUCCCGCACCAGCUGAAGGAGAAAAAGCGGCGGGUGAACAAGAUCAAAGGCUGAUGUAUCAAACACCGAUCGUGCAAAAGAAAGAUGCUGCUGAAACGAGUCCCGCACCAGCUGAAGGAGAAAAAGCGGCGGGUGAGCAAGAUCAGGGGCUGAUGUAUCAAACACCGAUCGUGCAAAAGAAAGAUGCUGCUGAAACGAGUCCCGCACCAGCUGAAGGAGAAAAGGGGGUGACAAGACCAGGGCUGAUGUAUCAAACACCGAUCGUGCAAAAGUUCUUCGACAUCAGGAGAAAAAGCGGAGAAAAAGCGGCGGGUGAACAAGAUCAAGGGCUGAUGUAUCAAACACCGAUCGUGCAAAAGAAAGAUGCUGCUGAAACGAGUCCCGCACCAGCUGAAGGAGAAAAAGCGGCGGGUGAACAAGAUCAAGGGCUGAUGUAUCAAACACCGAUCGUGCAAAAGAAAGAUGCUGCUGAAACGAGUCCCGCACCAGCUGAAGGAGAAAAAGCGGCGGGUGAGCAAGAUCAAGGGCUGAUGUAUCAAACACCGAUCGUGCAAAAGAAGGAUGCUGCUGAAACGAGUCCCGCACCAGCUGAAGGAGAAAAAGCGGCGGGUGAACAAGAUCAAGGGCUGAUGUAUCAAACACCGAUCGUGCAAAAGAAAGAUGCUGCUGAAACGAGUCCCGCACCAGCUGAAGGAGAAAAAGCGGCGGGUGAGCAAGAUCAAGGGCUGAUGUAUCAAACACCGAUCGUGCAAAAGAAAGAUGCUGCUGAGACGAGUCCCGCACCAGCUGAAGGAGAAAAAGCGGUGGGUGAACAAGACCAAGGGCUGAUGUAUCAAACACCGAUCGUGCAAAAGAAAGAUGCUGCUGAAACGAGUCCCGCACCAGCUGAAGGAGAAAAAGCGGCGGGUGAACAAGAUCAAGGGCUGAUGUAUCAAACACCGAUCGUGCAAAAGAAAGAUGCUGCUGAAACGAGUCCCGCACCAGCUGAAGGAGAAAAAGCGGCGGGUGAACAAGAUCAAGGGCUGAUGUAUCAAACACCGAUCGUGCAAAAGAAAGAUGCUGCUGAAACGAGUCCCGCACCAGCUGAAGGAGAAAAAGCGGCGGGUGAACAAGAUCAAGGGCUGAUGUAUCAAACACCGAUCGUGCAAAAGAAAGAUGCUGCUGAAACGAGUCCCGCACCAGCUGAAGGAGAAAAAGCGGCGGGUGAGCAAGAUCAAGGGCUGAUGUAUCAAACACCGAUCGUGCAAAAGAAAGAUGCUGCUGAAACGAGUCCCGCACCAGCUGAAGGAGAAAAAGCGGCGGGUGAGCAAGAUCAGGGGCUGAUGUAUCAAACACCGAUCGUGCAAAAGAAAGAUGCUGCUGAAACGAGUCCCGCACCAGCUGAAGGAGAAAAAGCGGCGGGUGAACAAGAUCAAGGGCUGAUGUAUCAAACACCGAUCGUGCAAAAGAAAGAUGCUGCUGAAACGAGUCCCGCACCAGCUGAAGGAGAAAAAGCGGCGGGUGAACAAGAUCAAGGGCUGAUGUAUCAAACACCGAUCGUGCAAAAGAAAGAUGCUGCUGAAACGAGUCCCGCACCAGCUGAAGGAGAAAAAGCGGCGGGUGAGCAAGAUCAGGGGCUGAUGUAUCAAACACCGAUCGUGCAAAAGAAAGAUGCUGCUGAAACGAGUCCCGCACCAGCUGAAGGAGAAAAAGCGGCGGGUGAACAAGACCAAGGGCUGAUGUAUCAAACACCGAUCGUGCAAAAGAAAGAUGCUGCUGAAACGAGUCCCGCACCAGCUGAAGGAGAAAAAGCGAUGGGUGAACAAGACCAAGGGCUGAUGUAUCAAACACCGAUCGUGCAAAAGAAAGAUGCUGCUGAAACGAGUCCCGCACCAGCUGAAGGAGAAAAAGCGGUGGGUGAACAAGAUCAAGGGCUGAUGUAUCAAACACCGAUCGUGCAAAAGAAAGAUGCUGCUGAAACGAGUCCCGCACCAGCUGAAGGGCUGAUGUAUCAAACACCGAUCGUGCAAAAGAAAGAUGCUGCUGAAACGAGUCCCGCACCAGCUGAAGGAGAAAAAGCGGUGGGUGAACAAGACCAAGGGCUGAUGUAUCAAACACCGAUCGUGCAAAAGAAAGAUGCUGCUGAAACGAGUCCCGCACCAGCUGAAGGAGAAAAAGCGGUGGGUGAGCAAGACCAAGGGCUGAUGUAUCAAACACCGAUCGUGCAAAACAAAGGUGCUGCUGAGACGAGUCCCGCACCAGCUGAAGGAGAAAAAGCGGUGGGUGAACAAGACCAAGGGCUGAUGUAUCAAACACCGAUCGUGCAAAAGAAAGAUGCUGCUGAAACGAGUCCCGCACCAGCUGAAGGAGAAAAAGCGGUGGGUGAACAAGACCAAGGGCUGAUGUAUCAAACACCGAUCGUGCAAAAGAAAGAUGCUGCUGAAACGAGUCCCGCACCAGCUGAAGGAGAAAAAGCGAUGGGUGAACAAGACCAAGGGCUGAUGUAUCAAACACCGAUCGUGCAAAAGAAAGAUGCUGCUGAAACGAGUCCCGCACCAGCUGAAGGAGAAAAAGCGGUGGGUGAGCAAGAUCAAGGGCUGAUGUAUCAAACACCGAUCGUGCAAAACAAAGGUGCUGCUGAGACGAGUCCCGCACCAGCUGAAGGAGAAAAAGCGGUGGGUGAACAAGACCAAGGGCUGAUGUAUCAAACACCGAUCGUGCAAAAGAAAGAUGCUGCUGAAACGAGUCCCGCACCAGCUGAAGGAGAAAAAGCGGUGGGUGAACAAGACCAAGGGCUGAUGUAUCAAACACCGAUCGUGCAAAACAAAGAUGCUGCUGGGACGAGUUCCGCACCAGCUGAAGGAGAAAAAGCGGUGGGUGAACAAGACCAAGGGCUGAUGUAUCAAACACCGAUCGUGCAAAAGAAAGAUGCUGCUGAAACGAGUCCCGCACCAGCUGAAGGAGAAAAAGCGGUGGGUGAACAAGACCAAGGGCUGAUGUAUCAAACACCGAUCGUGCAAGACAAAGGUGCUGCUGGGACGAGUACUGCGGUGGCCAGCACUUUAUCUGAAUCCGCACCAGCUGAAGGCAAGCGUGAAAAAGCGAUGGGUGAGCAAAAUCAAGGGCUGCUGUAUCAAUCACCGGCCGUGCAAGACAAAGGUGGUGCUGAGACGAGUACUGCGAUGGCCAGCACUUUUUCUGGAUCUACAUUAGCAGAAGGUGAAAAAGCGAUGUGUGAACAAAAGCAUGGAAUGCAGGAUCAGUCGGAGAUUGUGCAACGCAAAGUUGUUACUGAGACAAGAACUACGAUUAGCCGAACCUUGUCUGAAACCGUUAUAGCUGACGGUGAAAAAGCGAUGGGUGAGCAAAAAAAGAAAAUGCAGGAUCAGCCCGAGUUUGUGCAAAAAAAAGUUGUUACUGAGACAAGAACUACGAUUACUCGAACCUUGUCUGAAUCCGUCAUAACUGACGGUGAAAAAGCGAUGGCUGAGCAAAAACAAAAGCUGGUGUAUCAAACACCGGCCGUGCAAGACAAAGGUGGUGUUGAGACGAGUACCGCGGUGGCCAGCACUUUGUCUGGAUCCGCACCACCUGAAGGUGAAAGAGCGAUGGUUGAGCAAAAACAAGAAAUCCAGAAUCAUUCGGAGGCUAUACAGGACAACGUUUCCACUUCUGAUAUGAGUACUGCAGUGUCUAGGACCAUGACUACAUCCACUACAACAGAUGCUGGCAGUACUACCACUGAGGCCAGCACAGCAGUAGCUCCUUCACAAAGAGAGGAAAGUAAGGAUCGCUUGGAUACGGCUAUUCCUGAACGAUCUCCGUGCGGAAGAAAAGGAUUCUACAUUCCUCUCGGACCUUCAGCUACCUCUACAGACCAGAUAAUAAUUUUGAAUGCUCGGUCCACCACUGAAGAUUCACAUUCGCGAGCUACAUCGAUGAGUACAGCAGUAACCGAAACAGUUUCAAGUUCUGGAGUAUCUGAAGACAGUGGAGCAACAAGCACAAACACUGAAAAUACCACCAACACUGCUGCGGCUAACAGUCACGAUCGAAGUGAAGAGCGACUGGCAACGGCCGCCGUCAUCGGAAGCCCAUGCGGAAGAACGAAAUUCCAAGUGCCACUUGGUCCAUCAGCCACACCUACAGACCAGAUAGUGAUCCUGAAACCUCAGUCCACCACUGAAGAUACUGCUCCGGGAGGCACUGAACCCGCUGAGCUCAAAACCGCAGCAGCCAUAGGAAGUCCAUGUGGGAGAACGAAACUGCAUUUGCCGCUCGGCCCAUCAGCUACACCAACCGAUCAAAUUCUAAUUCUCAACGCGGAACCAUCGUCGUCUAAAAAAGAAACCACAGAAGAUGGAUUGCCACAAGUUACGGUUAUCAGAAUUUGGCCACCUGUGGACGCAUCUUCACAGCAACAAUCAGACCAGGAAGCCGUUCCCAUGGACACAGCAAACGGAGAAUCCUCGUUGCCUACUACUGCACAGCCUGCGGCUGAAGAAUUACCAACGUCAAACACGGCGAAUGUUGGCACGGCUACGGCUACGGAAAUAAAUGGGCCGUCAAGCAGCGAUCAAAAUCCGGAAAAUGGGCCGUCAAGCAGCGAUCAAAAUCCGGAAAAUAGGCCGUCAAGCAGCGAUCAAACUCCGCAAGACGUGAAAACUGCGUUACCGUUAUUUUCGCCAACCGAAGGUGUUACCACUGCUCGUGCUAUUUGUGAUGCCGCUGUCAUCCCAGACGCAGCCACCGCAAGAAAAAUACAAGAAGCCGCUGUCAAGCCGGAUAUACUCAGCGAUGAAGGAGUGGAAAGAAGCUACGGAAGUACUAGUACCGGUGGUCAUACACCGAUUCCAGUACAUGUUUCACCAUUCCGCAUUAGCAGUGCUUCAACAAGCGCAGGCGGUUUCGGGUUCGAUACAAAUCGAAUACCAUACAAUGAACCAGUGGGGCAUCGACGAGGAUUGUUUUCCAGACGUCCACGUCAUAUGCGUCCGAUUCGGGUAUCUCCUAUGACGGAACCGAUGUCGAAUCCUGUUCCGGAAAACCGUCAAAGACUUGCGUUUAUGAGAAGACAAAAUUCGAAGUCGCCUUCGCAAAGUGUCUCGUCCCAAACGAUAAGCUCACAAGCAAAAGAAAGACCGUUCAUGUCUUCAUUCCGCUCCCGUCUGUCCUCAUCCGCAGGAAGACCAUCGGGAUUCGGCCGGUCCAGUGGCACUGACGAUGGCUCUGCCAGCGCUCCCAAGUUCGGAGCUCGUACUUCAAGUUUCCGAUCCGUAAGAAGUAUACCGCCUACACAAAUCAGACGAGUUACCACUCCGGCGGAUGGGUCUGCUAGAGGUCGUACUUUGUCACGACUUGUGAGAGGUACUCCAACAGAGAGUUCUACCGCCGAACCUGGGACCACGCCUUCGCUGCGUUCCGCUACCACAAGCCGGCCUAUCGUGAGCAGUGCAUUUGGGGGAACUCCAACAGGAGACGGUUAUCCGACGAGCACAGCGGCGGAGGAGAGCUCUACGAGCGCUCUAGGAUCAGAACGACUGGGGCGACGCCUACCUUCCAGCCGCUUUGGGCUACCGCCACCACCGGUAGGCUGGGCUGAGAAAGUUCGUCAAAGGCAAAGCAUGACGGGAAGUGCCGAAUCACCUUUCACACAAUCUGGAGCUUCACUUCGAACAAUACAGAUCAGUUCGGCUACAAGUACUCCAAAACCUAAAAUGGAGACCGGUAGACUGAGGAACAUGCGUAAAUCUCGAUCUCGUUCGGGGAGUCGUUCCGUUAAAUCUAAUGCAUUACGUGAGGAUUCCACACAGAAAGAGUCACCGGACGCUCGCUCCGAUCGUCGCGGCCAGUCGAGGGAUGCGAAUUCGCCUCCAUUGAAAACAGCAAUCGGACCGUUUGAUGAACUUUCACUUCAUGACCUUACGAAGCUUAAGCCAGGAGAAAUAGUCGUACACGAACAGAACGAUGAUGGUACAUUUAAGUUAGAAAUUCACAUGGCAUGCAACAUGAACUCAACCGGUCGUAUGAAUAUUCAUGGAAAAGCUCCAACUGGCUUAGCACCUAAAAAGGUUACUGUUAAUGGGAAGGAAAUUUGGGCAGAGAUGAUCGAUGCUAGUUUCCCGUACACUCAUCACGUGCAUUACGCACCUCAAAUACCGGUUAUGGUGGCUGCUCCCGCUCCAGUUGUACACCCCGCUCCGAUGGUGUACCACGUUCCAGUGGCUCAUCACCACGCUCCUUCGCAAAAAGAACUUCAUAACUUUGCUGGAGCUAUUCAACGAGAAAAUGAUCUUCUCACUGACGUCUCUAUUCGCUUCCCGUUGAAGAAGAAUUUCGAGAAAAACUAA